AGGACGGGUACGAAGUUGUAAAACUCCCUGGUGGAAGGGAGGAAUUCUGUAAGCCUGCUGAAAGGGGAAAAAGCGAAAUAACCUAAAAAAUAAAAAUAAAGCAACAACAAAACAUAACGACAACCUAUCGAGAUCUACAUGUACUGGAAUACUUUUUUAUGUUAAUAGUAUACUCUAUGUGAAGAAAGUAUUUAUAUCUACACUUUUCUAUUUGCACUAACAAACGGUACUUAAAAACUACUGAGACUCUUUAUUUUGUACGAUAAAGCUAAUUCAAUCUGUGGAAGAACGCCUCUCUUCUGCAACCAGCACUUUUGUUUUCAAACCAGUUCCACCAAGCUAGUCCCUUUUGUCUGGUGCCGAGCCAACCCGACCAUCACACCCAACCCUGCCUGGAAAGUAUCUACGCCCCUCACCACGGAUAAGCAAAGCAACUCAACUGGACCCAGUCGCAGACACCUUUUCUCCUCUUGGAGCAGUCCAUCAGCCAGCUAUGCAGCUUGAAAUCCAAGUAGCCCUAAACUUCAUCAUCUCCUACCUGUACAACAAGCUGCCACGGCGACGAGUCAACAUCUUCGGCGAGGAGCUGGAGAGACAGCUUAAGGGGAAGUACGAGGGCCACUGGUACCCAGACAAGCCAUACAAGGGCUCCGGAUUCAGGUGCAUCCACGUAGGAGAGAAGGUGGACCCUGUGGUGGAGAAGGCAGCCAAAGAGAGCGGCCUGGACAUUGAAGACGUGCGCCACAACCUGCCUCAGGAUCUCAGUGUGUGGAUCGACCCUUUUGAGGUGUCGUACCAGAUUGGGGAGAAGGGGCCCGUCAAGGUGCUGUAUGUGGACGACAGCAACGAGAGCAGCCCCAGCGGGCUGGAGCUUGACAAGGAAAUCAAGAACAGCUUCAACCCUGAGGCCCAGGUCUUCAUGCCCAUCAGUGAACCUGUGGUGGGCCCCUCUCCGGCCUCCAGCUCUCCCUCGCCUCCAUUCGGCCACUCGGCUGCUGUCAGCCCCACCUUCAUGCCACGCUCGACCCAGCCUUUAACCUUCACCACCGCCACCUUUGCCGCCACCAAGUUUGGCUCCACCAAAAUGAAGAGCAGCGGCCGCAACAACCAGAAUGGCAGCAGCAACGGAGGCCAAGGUGGGCAGGGUCAGAAGGUGGCCCGCACCUCGCCUACCAACCUUGGCCUGAAUGUGAACACGCUGCUGAAGCAAAAAGCCAUCUCCACCUCCAUGCACUCGCUCUAUGGGCUUGGCCUUGGCCAUCAGCAGCAGCAACAGAAGGCCUCAGCCCUCAGCCCCAACGCCAAGGAGUUUGUGUUCCCCAACCUCCAGGGCCAGGGGAGCCCCAGCUCCCUCUUCCCCGGGGACAGCUCCCUCAGCCUCAGCCCGCUGCAAUACAGCAAUGCCUUCGACGUAUUUGCGGCCUAUGGAGGCCUCAAUGACAAGUCCCUCAUGGAUGGCUUGAAUUUCAGCUUGAACAACAUGCAGUAUUCAAACCAGCAAUUCCAGCCAGUGAUGGCCAAUUAGUACACAAGAUACUACAAUACUACUACUACUACUACACAGAAACGACCAGAGGUAUGUGAUGUGAUAUGGGGGAAAAACACAGACUAAAUGCACAUUUGGAAAAUUUAAAAAAAGAAAACAGAAUGUCAAGGAAAAAAGUGACUUGUUGUCAACUGUAAGAUCAAUGUCCAAGUCCAAGAGCAUGAGCCCGAGGGUGAAACGACUUUGCCCCCUUGAGUUAUAUCUUAUUUUUUUUACGACGAAGCUUGUAGUACAAGAUGUCUAAACUUCGACAUGCAUCAUUGUUAUUUCUUUUGCCAACCAAGCACAAAAUUAUUUUUUACGUGACUGUUUUAAAGAUAUAAAGAAGAAAAACAAUACAAGUCAUGGCCUCUUUCAGUAUUUAAGACAUAACUGGACACCGCCAAUUUUCCAAGGAUUGGCAUUAAUAAGUGGGAUUUCCUGGUCUUUUUUCUAAUUGUAUAAUUUAAUUUAGUACAGAGUUUGUAAAAUAUCAGAGUAUAUAUUGUUUCUACGACAUGGUAUUGCAUUUAUAUCUUUUUACUACUACAGUGAUCCGUGAUGGCUGCAGCGACUUUAUGUUAUUUCUUUUUUUAUUGAAAUUGUCAAAUGAAUCCAUCUUUAAAAAACACAUCGACUAUUCUAAAGAUUGUGUACAGAAUAUUCCGUAGUGGUGGGAUUUAAGAAUAUUUGCUUUUUUGAAAAAACAUAGCUAAGAGUUGUAUUUUCUGUUAAGAGUUUAAAGAUUUUUGCUAUAUAAAGGACAAAAUGUAAUCGUAUAUUAAUUUUGUACCUACAUUGUGCAAUACUUGAUAAAACAGACGGUAUAACAAAGUAUUUGGAGUCAGUGUCUUACAUGUUAAGAGGGACUGAUAGUUUAUUAAGUUUGUAUUAAAAAGCUUGAAAA